AUGGCUACCGAGAGAACCGUUGCCGUCCAGUUGAAGGAGGACUGGACAAUGGAAAAGGCAUCGCUUGCCUUCCUCUUCCACCCGAGCACCCAUCUCUUUCGAGAGGUCAAGAAGAACACAUUUGCGUGGCUCCAUGUCAGCGAAGAGUUCGACGGACACUAUGGCAACGAAUGGGCUACCAUCACGCCCCUCACCAUGACGCCUAAUGGCCUCAGCGAUAUGUUUCCUGGUGGUCAAUCUAAGAUCGAUGUUCCAUGCCGGAUUCUUCGGGUCGGACUCCGAGUUCUCAAGGAUUGGACAGAGGACGAUGCCAACUAUCUCAAGGCCGCGACGUUCUCGAAUCACCCCAUGUCACCCUUUUACGAGGAUGAAAUGCUAGUUGGGGAGUGGUUUAACAUCGGUGUUCCGGAAUUGAUCAUAGUGAAGAAAGUCGGCCGCAAUUUUACGCCUUCGGAAGACGCUUACUUCAUUCAUCGCGACUAUGUGGACUUCGGUUACGAGAAGGCGGAUGUGAAGGGCAAUAUGCACGGCAUGAUCAAGCCAGGCGGAUUAUUUUUAGGUUAG